AUGAACUGCAUAUCAGACUUCUUCACCUACGAGACCACCAAGUCGGUGGUUGUGAAGAGCUGGACCAUUGGGAUCAUCAACCGAGUAGUUCAGCUUCUGAUCAUCUCCUACUUUGUGGGGUGGGUUUUCUUGCACGAGAAGGCAUACCAGGUGCGGGACACGGCCAUUGAGUCCUCGGUGGUCACCAAGGUCAAGGGCUUUGGACGCUAUGCCAACAGAGUCAUGGACGUGUCUGAUUACGUGACACCACCUCAGGGCACCUCUGUCUUCGUCAUCAUCACCAAGAUGAUCGUUACUGAAAACCAGAUGCAAGGAUCCUGUCCAGAGAACGAGGAGAAGUACCGCUGUGUAUCCGACAGCGAGUGUGGGCCUGAGCGCCUCCCUGGUGGGGGGAUCCUCACUGGCCGCUGCGUGAACUACAGCUCUGCGCUCCGAACCUGCGAGAUCCAGGGCUGGUGCCCCACCGAGGUGGACACGGUGGAAAUGCCAGUCAUGAUGGAGGCUGAGAACUUCACCAUUUUCAUCAAGAACAGCAUCCGCUUCCCCCUGUUCAACUUUGAGAAGGGAAACCUCCUUCCCAACCUGACGGCCAGGGACAUGAAGACAUGUCGCUUCCAUCCUGAUAAGGCCCCCUUCUGCCCCAUCUUGCGGGUGGGUGACGUGGUCAAGUUUGCGGGGCAGGAUUUUGCCAAACUGGCCAGAACGGGCGGAGUUCUGGGCAUUAAGAUCGGCUGGGUGUGCGACUUGGACAAGGCCUGGGACCAGUGCAUCCCGAAAUACUCCUUCACUCGGCUCGAUAGCGUUUCUGAGAAGAGCAGUGUCUCCCCAGGCUACAACUUCAGGUUUGCCAAGUACUACAAAAUGGAGAACGGCAGCGAGUACCGCACGCUCCUGAAGGUUUUCGGCAUCCGCUUCGACGUGCUGGUGUAUGGGAACGCCGGCAAGUUCAACAUCAUCCCCACCAUCAUCAGCUCCGUGGCGGCCUUUACUUCCGUGGGAGUGGGAACUGUUCUCUGCGACAUCAUCCUGCUCAACUUCCUCAAGGGGGCCGACCAGUACAAAGCCAAGAAGUUUGAGGAGGUGAAUGAGACAACACUGAAGGUCGCUGCCUUGGCCAACCCAGCAUACCCCAGGGACCAGACCACAGAGGAGAAGCAGUCCACAGACUCGGGGGCCUACUCCAUCGGCCACUAG